CUGACUGGGAGUGUGUGUGUCGGGUGCCAUCUGCAAAUGGCUCAUGAAACCUUUCCAACAAAUCUCACAUCAGCUUUCGUGCAUUCCAACCUACCUUCCUUAGGACUAUAUACCCUGCACAUGUGGUGAACCGCAAACGCUUAAGUCAAAGGCAACCCCAAAAAUAGGCGAAGGCUUUAGAAAGGCCGAAGAUUAUUGUCGAUGGACGGCGGAGUCUCGGGUCAAUCCUGGAAGCCCUGAAUUCGAAUCGCAGAAGGGGAGGCCACUCGGCGAGCUAGAGCGACGGCCGGGGCAAUUUGCACGCUGGGACGAGAACGCGGGAGAAGAACUGCUGGUCUGGCCGGGAGGAAGGAGGAGGAGGAGGAGGCGCCAAUCCUACUCCGGUUUGGAGAAAGGCGUCUCUCCUCCGCGCUCUCUUCCCCCCUCCCUCCCCUCCCUCCCCCAGCAUAGGCUAAAGGAGUCGCAGGUGAGAGGUGAUCGGGCUGGGCGGGAGAGAAACGUCCACCGCCUGCGGUUUGGGGGCUUUGGGUUUCCUGGCUCCCUCCUCUCGCAAUCGUCGAGCUGCGGGAGGCGGCAUGUCCCAGGGAGGGAGCAGGGAUGUGUAGCCACACGCAGCCCCUGGCAGCCGGCCUGAGCGCGCACGGCGGCGGCGGCAGCAGCAACAGCGGCGGCGGUGGCGGCUGCCGCAGCAGCAGCAGGAGGAGCAACAACCGGAGGAGCGGGGAGGCUCGCAGGCAGCUUCGCCGCGCCUCCCGAACCCUCCGUGCCCGGGCAGGGCAGGGCAUGGCAGCCCCCCUUCGCCGAUCCCCGCGCUAGUCCCGAAGCAAGGAGAGAGGCCAGCAGGCACGCCCCCGGCCCGGGGGGGGGGGUGAAAGCAAGGAGCCGCCGCGAUCGCCGAGGUGGUCAGUCUAUCAACUCUAAAGGAUCAGUUGAAAAUAUUGGAAGCAGAGAAAUCAGCUACUUAUCUAGUUUCUUGAUGAAUUCUUGAUUCAGUAACUGCUGUACAUAGUGAUGAGCGACCCCACCAUAUGAUUUCAAAUGGUGACUAUCUCGGUGGGGCCACACUGAUCAUGCUCAGGAGCUUCUGUCUUCAGCUCAUGUCCUUGCUUUGGAUCCUUGCGGCCCAUCACCACUUCAUCCAAGUUGCAGGUGAUGACUGCAGCGACCACUGUAAUUUGGCCCACGGCAGCUGUGAAAAGGAUGGCAAAUGCAGAUGUGAUCCCGGUUGGGAGGGAAAAUAUUGUGAACACUGUGUGAGAAUGCCUGGCUGUGGCCAUGGGACAUGCCACCAGCCCUGGCAGUGCAUUUGCCAAACUGGCUGGGCUGGCAAGUUCUGUGACAAAGAUGUUCAUGUCUGCGAGCAUCAGUCACCGUGCAGAAAUGGAGCUGAGUGUGUAUACGAUCGUGAUGGAGAAUAUUCCUGUCUGUGCCUUGAAGGAUUCCAUGGAAAGGACUGUGAACUGAAGACAGGGCCGUGUGAGAAAGCAGGAUUUCCAUGCAAAAAUGGUGCAUUGUGCCACGAUGAUAAUGGCUUUGCUUCCAAUUACACCUGCAAGUGCCUGGCUGGAUUCACUGGUGCACAUUGCGAGAUUGAUGUCAACGACUGCCUCAUGCGUCCCUGUGCCAACGGCGCCACCUGCCUCGAUGGCAUUAAUCGCUUCUCCUGUCAGUGCCAGGUUGGCUUUGAAGGACGUUUCUGCACCAUCAACAUUGAUGAUUGUGCCAGCCAACCAUGCACGAAUGGGGCUAAGUGUUAUGAUCGCAUCAACGAUUUUGAUUGCUUGUGUCCCGAGGGCUUUUCUGGGAAAACAUGUCAGCUCCAAGCUCCAGAGGCAACCUGGAUCACUGAGUCUCAGCCUGAUGACAAGGACCACAACAGGGCUCUGGGAAGCACAACCAGCAGUUACCCUUGGAUGACCCAGUCUGAGCCAGCCAAGGUUAUAGUUACUGGAAAGCGUAUCACUAACUACAGCGAGAAAUCAAAUGAUGAUGGGCUGUUAAUCUCUGUGAAAGAGGUGGUAACUCAACAGGACUCAGGGCUGAGUCAGUCACAGCUUAUUUUAGUGCUUGUAUUUGGGGGGAUCACUAUUUUGUUGGUCUUAGUGACCGUGUUGCUGCUGCUGAAGAAUUGGCAGAAGGGGCGCCGGAGAAGUCAGAGCCCCUCCCAAACUGCAAGGAAGCUUCAGGACCAAGAAUGUCAAGUGGGAAUGUUAAGUACAAUCUUGAUAGAACCCAGGAAAACAACAGAGCUGUAAGAAGCCAGAAUCAGGGCCUGGUUGAUCUAGAAACGCCCACUGGCGACUCAAGAGAAUCCUUCCAGCUGUGUCUGGGGUCAGUUCUGGCUGCUUAUCUCCAAAGCGUUGAUGGCUCUGAUGGAACUGAAGGCUGUGAAUUGGCAUGAAGGAACGUGUCCACAAGGCAGUAAAUCCUGCUUUGAGAAAAUAAUUCUUGAAUGUGUGCAGUAAAUCCAUUAGCAUGUUGACUUCAACUCAUCAAGGCAGCCAAGGAAACCCUGGGCUAGGAUAACCCUCCUUUUGAAAGCAGCAAGUGGAUCAGAAGGUUGUUAUCCGACUAUAUCCUACCUUGUAUAAUGGCGUCAAAGGUGCCGGGAGAGUUUGUAGGAGCUGAAACUUCGUUAGGCCUUCAGGCAUUUGAUAACUCUUAGAGUCUUUGCAGAUUUCAAAUGGCCUAUUUACUUCUCAGAGUUUAGAAACUGCUGUGGAUAUGCCCUGACUCUAGAAUUCUGGUCCAAACAAUAUUGAAUUUUUCUACCAUUUCUGCCAUUAUGUGUUUCCAAUGACAUUAUCUUCCCAAGGGCCUCAUAAUGCCAUGAGACAGUUUGCUGACCAUUUUUAUUACUUCUCCCUUCCCUUCUAUCUCAUUUUCUUUGUUUGUUUGUUUGUUUGUUUAGUUGCAAAUGAAAGAUUCUGUAUUAUACCAAAUCAUCUCAGGAGGUUUGUUAAUACUUUCAUUUUAUAUCAUGUUCAUUCACCAAUCCAGCAACACAUUUCCUCAGCUAUGGUGUCAAACUGGAGCAAAAACAAAGCAAAUGUCCAUUCUUUGCCUUGGAUAUCUGGUUUGAGCCUUCACACUUGCCAGAAAGAAGAUGGAUGUCUAUGAAAUUGGAAGUAGAACUCUGUUCAAGCAAGUUCUUAAGUGAAAGAACUUAGGAGUGACAUUAAACAAUUAUAUUGUUGGAGGAUUCCACAUAGUGUGCAUGUAUAUGGGAGAGAGGAAAAGAGGUACAUGCUAUAAAUUUGGAGAGAAGAAUGCCUCAAGAUCUAUGUUGGAUUCUAUCAAAAAAGAGGUGGUAGAACUGCUGAAAUUU